AUGCACGGAGCUGAACUUGCGGGUAAUAACGGGUCUUGCCGGGCUGAAUGGCCUGGCUGGGCUGAAUGGCUGAGCUGGGCUGAAUGGGCUGCUGUGCCUGAAUGGGCUGCUGUGCCUGAAUGGGCUGCUGGGCGUGAAUGGGCUGCUUUGCCUGAAUGGCCUGAAUGGGCUGCUGUGCCUGAAUGGCCUGAAUGGGCUGCUGUGCCUGAAUGGCCUAGCUGGGCUGCUGGGUGUGAAUGGCUGAGCUGGGCUGAAUGGCUGAGCUGGGCGGGUAAUGAUGAUCCUGAAUGCCCUGAUGACUGCACCGGCCAUUCUGGCGCGGCUAAGUGGUGCCUGCCUGGUUCAACACUCCGCCGAUACAUUGGACUGGUAGAUCGAACUUGA